GAAGCAGCAAAGUCUUGUCACACAGAUCCAACCAAUUUUGUGAGGUUUCAUAGCAAAACUGAUAUCAGGGGAACAUUUGAGAAUCUGCCCUCAGGAAUAUACAUGUUGCACCUCAGAAAUGGAGGACAAGUUAAGCCAGCAGAGCAAACUGGAGUUCGAAAACUUGGUGGAGGAGACAAGUCACUUUGUACGCACCACAUUUGUAUCCCGGCACAAGAAGUUUGACGAAUUUUUCCGAGAACUUCUGGAGAACGCAGAAAAAUCUCUAAAUGACAUGUUUGUACGGACGUAUGGAAUGCUGUACAUGCAGAACUCAGAAGUGUUCCAGGAUCUCUUUACAGAACUGAAACGAUAUUAUACAGGAGGCAACGUGAACUUGGAGGAAAUGCUAAAUGAUUUCUGGGCUCGACUCCUGGAGCGGAUGUUCCAGCUCAUAAACCCCCAGUAUCAUUUCACUGAGGACUACUUGGAGUGUGUAAGCAAGUACACAGACCAGCUGAAGCCAUUUGGAGAUGUACCGAGGAAGCUGAAGGUUCAAGUUACUAGAGCUUUCAUUGCUGCACGGACCUUUGUUCAGGGGCUGACUGUAGGCAGAGAGGUUGCAAACAGAGUAUCCAAGGUCAGUCCCACCCCAGGGUGCAUCCGAGCGCUAAUGAAGAUGUUGUACUGCCCUUACUGCAGAGGACUGCCCACUGUGAAACCUUGCAACAACUAUUGCCUCAAUGUAAUGAAGGGCUGCCUAGCAAAUCAGGCUGAUUUGGAUACUGAGUGGAAUCUGUUCAUAGAUGCUAUGCUUCUGGUAGCGGAGAGAUUAGAAGGACCAUUCAACAUUGAAUCAGUCAUGGAUCCUAUUGAUGUCAAGAUUUCUGAAGCCAUCAUGAACAUGCAAGAAAACAGCAUGCAGGUGUCAGCAAAGGUUUUCCAAGGAUGUGGCCAGCCUAAACCAGCACCUGCACUGAGAUCUUCUCGUUCUGUCCCUGAGAACUUCAAUACCCGGUUUAGACCAUAUAACCCGGAGGAGCGACCUACAACUGCUGCUGGCACAAGUUUGGAUAGGCUGGUAACAGACAUUAAAGAAAAGCUAAAGCUCUCUAAAAAGUUUUGGUCAGCAUUACCUUACACAAUCUGCAAAGAUGAACGUGUGACAGCUGGUUCGUCAAACGAGGAGGACUGCUGGAACGGCCACACCAAGGCGAGAUACUUGCCUGAGAUUAUGAAUGAUGGCUUGACUAACCAGAUCAACAAUCCAGAAGUAGAUGUGGACAUCACAAGACCAGAUACCUUCAUUCGACAACAAAUCAUGGCAUUACGUGUCAUGACUAACAAACUGAAGAACGCGUAUAAUGGAAAUGAUGUCAACUUCCAGGAUACAAGUGAUGAAACCAGCGGCUCAGGAAGCGGAAGUGGCUGUACAGAUGACAUCUGUCCCACCGAGUUUGAUUUUGUCACAACUGAAGCUCCACCUGUCGACUCGGACAGGAGGGAGGUGGAGGCUUCAGCCACACAGCCUAGUCGAUCACUGCCAACAUUGCUCCUCAUCUUCGUCAUCCUCGUACUGCAGAGACAGUGGAGAUAAUCCUGGAUCUCGUUGGAGAAACUGUGUUUUAGCUACAAAAACAUCCAACUUUCUUCUUUUCUUAUAUACUCUUGGACAAUGGACCAUGCCUCAAAUGCUUACAGUUUUCUAUGAGAAGAGAGCAGUACUGCAACCUGCUUCCCUUUUUGUUUUCCCAAAGAGUACCAGGUGCCAGACUGAACUGCUUCCUGUUUUUUUUCAGAUAUCUCUGAAGACAAUAUCCACUCUUGAGAUAAUUCUUUCUCAAAUCUUUAUUACAAGAGACUUUCUGAGCUUCAUUUCCUUUUAUGCUGCAGAAGUAAAAGGACCUUACAGUGUAUGUUUUUCUUAACAAAAGAAAAAAAAAGAGGGAGAAAGAAACCAAGAAAAGAAUUUUCCUUCUGAAUCAGGCCUAACCCAAGGCUGCUGCAUUUCAAUAGAAAAUAAACAAAAAGAAAAAGACAGAAAAGAACAAAAAAUGCAACCAUUCUUCACUGGCAGCCAGAUUUCCUUUAGGAACUUCUGUACAAUGAUUUAGGUUAUCAGAAUGAUCGUUGCUAUUGUAGGGAAGUCUAGAUUUUUUUUCAACACAAAGAGUAUGUCUCAACGGUGAAUGUCUUGCACUCCAUCUGCCAACCACAUCAAAUUGGUAUGAAGAUGAAAUUCACAGUACGCAGGAGAAUGUGUAUCAUUUCUAACAGCAUCAUCUGGCCUGCCCUUACUGAAUUACAGAUUUAUAAUCAUACUGCCACUGUCCAUCAUCCAAGAACAACAUGACACAACAAUACACCAUGGAGUACCUGUGCAGCUACUGGAUCUUUUUCAUCACAUUUUUCCUCAACACUUUGCUCCACGGAGUUUUGAUUAGUAGAAAUGCAUUCAGAAUCCCUUGUGGAAAGAAAGGAGGGAUGUUUUUGACAUUUUCAAGACAAUCUCAGAUGGUUCUGUUUGGCCCAUUGCUUUUUCAUUUACCCAUGAGACUUUACUAAGUCCAGGGCACAACAGUUAACAUAGUUUUCACAGAGCAGUGUUCAGUAAUGUAAAUAUCAUUUCUUCCCUCAAGGCUUAGAUGGAAUUCUAUGUUACUUAAACUUGCUUCUUCCAUGUUUUGUCAUGUCAGGGAUGUUAAAGAUGAUAUUUGGAAAUCACAGAACAGCCAGACCAUAAACUGCUGUGUUCCUGUCCAUUAGUAAGAAAAGUUUGACUGCAGGGAUAUUUUGUUGGAAGGGUUGUAUUAACAGUCAUUUACACAC